CGGCCCAGAGAAACGUGACUGGCUUUGCUGGCGGGCCAUUAGGGUUUAUGCGUUCUAUUUGAAUGCUUCUCUCCCUCCUCUGCGUCCUCCUUGGUAGAUCGUGCUUGAGUGUAGAAGGUCGAAACCCUUCCUGAGGUAAUAGGUCCUUGUGAAGGGUGAGAGCAAUGGUGGAGAAGACGAAGGGCAGGAAGGAGGAGGUGGUUACCCGAGAGUACACCAUCAACCUCCACAAGCGCUUGCAUGGCUGCACAUUUAAGAAGAAAGCUCCUAAAGCAAUCAAGGAGAUAAGGAAGUUUGCCCAAAAAGCUAUGGGGACCAAUGAUGUGAGAGUGGAUGUAAAGCUGAACAAGUACGUCUGGAGCCAGGGAAUCCGGAGUGUCCCAAGAAGGAUUAGGGUACGUGUUGCUCGCAAGAGGAAUGAUGAUGAGGAUGCAAAGGAAGAGCUUUAUUCCCUGGUUACUGUAGUUGAUACCACCCGAGAAGAGCUCAAAGGGUUGGGCACCAAGGUGAUUGAAGAUGAGGAUUGAUUUAUCAAGCUUUUUGUUCGAGUAUUAAAACAAAUCGUAGUUUUUGGACAUUGGACGUUUAUUUAUUGAUAAGGUAAUUAUUUGUUGGUUAUAGUUAA